UCUCCCGCCCCUCCGCCGCCGGCUGACACGAGUUGCGGAGCUGCAGUCUUCGCUUUCGCCGCCGCCCGGGAGGAGAGUGGGUAGGAGCAAGAGCCCGCCGCUGGCCCGUGAGCCGCCGCCAUGGGGAAUCGCGUUUCGCGGGAAGACUUCGAGUGGGUCUACACCGAUCAGCCGCACGCCACUCGGCGCCAGGAGAUCCUGGCAAAGUAUCCAGAGAUAAAAUCCUUAAUGAAACCUGAUUCCAACUUGAUAUGGAUUGUAAUUAUGAUGGUUCUCACUCAGUUUGUUGCAUUUUACUUAGUAAAGGACUUAGACUGGAAAUGGGUCCUGUUUUGGGCAUAUGCCUUUGGCAGCUGCAUUAAUCAUUCAAUGACUCUGGCUAUUCAUGAAGUUUCCCACAACAGUGCCUUUGGCCAUUGCAAAGCUAUGUGGAAUCGUUGGUUUGGAAUAUUUGCCAAUCUCCCUAUUGGUGUCCCAUAUUCAGUUUCCUUUAAGAGAUAUCACAUGGAUCAUCAUCGAUACCUCGGAGGCGACGGCAUCGAUGUGGACAUUCCAACCGACUUUGAAGGCUGGUUCUUCUGUACUACUUUCAGAAAGUUUAUAUGGGUCAUCCUUCAGCCUCUCUUUUAUGCUUUUCGACCUCUGUUCAUCAACCCCAAACCAAUCUCUUAUCUGGAAAUAAUCAAUACUGUGAUCCAGAUCACUUUUGACAUCGUGAUUUACUAUGUUUUGGGAGUUAAAUCUUUAGUCUACAUGUUGGCAGCCUCCUUACUUGGCCUAGGUUUGCACCCAAUUUCUGGACAUUUUAUAGCUGAACAUUAUAUGUUCUUAAAGGGACAUGAAACUUACUCAUAUUAUGGGCCUCUGAAUUUACUCACCUUCAAUGUGGGUUACCAUAAUGAACACCACGACUUUCCCAACAUUCCCGGAAAAAGCCUUCCCCUGGUGAGGAAAAUAGCUGCUGAGUACUAUGACAACCUCCCCCACUACAAUUCCUGGAUAAAAGUGCUAUAUGAUUUUGUGACAGAUGAUACAAUAAGUCCCUAUUCGAGAAUGAAGAGGCAUCUGAAAGGCAACGAGGUUCAGGAGUAAAUGUCAUUAAAACCAAAGGAACUCCUCUCUGAAACUUGAUCAUAACUGAGAAAGUGGAAUUUUUGCAUUAUUAAGACCAACUAUGUUUAGAAGCUGCCCUCAUACAAAUUCAGAGUGUGAUCUUCAUAGUGUCAAGAAGCUAAUCGGGCUUUAAAGAGUCCAUCUGCGCAGUGUUCAGCUGUACUCAUUGUAUUACCACUGUGGUGGAUGUUUUCACUUAGGUCUGACCCUUUGUAAGCAUAUCAUAAAAAAAGCUUUUAAAAAGCUCUUUCUAGUAUGUUGUUUUCACUAUAAGGAUUUACUUUAUUAAAAUCGCUAAUAAACUGAGCUAUUAAUCACAA